CAUUUAUCAAUGGAGGAAGGCUAUCCACUCCCAGGAACAAGGUUGAAGCUUCGCUCAGUCCCCGGCUCUCUUCUGCUGCCAGGAUUGCAAGCCGCGCCCCAUCGCAACACCAGCUGAAGAAGCGCCGGAAUUUGAAGCAUCGUCGCGGAGGCGUCAGAAAUUCAUGGCCAUGGCUUUGCAAUCCCCUCUUCAGCUCGACUCCUUGUCCAAUGGCAUCGCUGGCAUUGGCCUUAACACGCCGCGACCUGCCGUGCAGGCAUCCCCCAAGUUCAGCACUGGCAUCCGAGUGGCGAUAAAGCGAUGGGAGAGGAAGGAAGUGAAAGAAAACAGUUUACCAGUGGUGAAAAAGCUGCACGUGAAGGUCGGAGACACUGUGAAGGUGAUUUCAGGGCAUGACAAAGGCAAAAUCGGCGCUGUAACACAAGUCUACACACACAACAGCAAGGUCAUGGUCAAGGAUGUGAAUCUGAAAACAAAGCACGUCAAGGGCAAGGCCGAGGGUGAAAGCGGCCAGAUUGUUCAGGUUGAAGCACCUGUUCAUAGCUCUAAUGUUAUGCUGUACUCAAAAACCGCCAAGGUAGCCAGCAGGGUUGGGCACAAGACACUUGAGGAUGGGAGCAGGGCUAGGUAUUUGCUUAAAACUGGUGAAGUCAUCGACAGCGCAGAAGAGUGGAAGAAGGUGCAUAAGAAGAAGGGAGAAGAGAAGAAAGAAUAGAUUUUCGAAACGUAAUUGUCGUUCUAGUUUCAAUUUUCAUCAUGUAUUGCCUUGUUAAACGGCUUAGGAUACAAUUCGUCUAUAUCAUAGUCCCUGCAUCUCUUACUCCAUCAUAAUUGGUCCUCAGUUGCUCCCCACCCCUCCCCUCCCCCACAGUUAGUAGUGGCUCAAUUGAACUUUGGUUGUCAUGAGGAUUCCUGUUUCAUUUGACUAGUCGACAUUAUCUUAGUAACUAUGUCUACCAUACCGUAUCAAGCCAGGAUUAGUGUCCCCCGCGGUAUCUCUUGUGAUCACUUAAGGCAUGACUACACCAGAUGAUACCAAACGGUACUAGGGAACUAUCACAUUUUGGUAGUGUAAACCAGCAGUUGUAGGUAGGAUUUUGUGGACGAAAUUUUCAUGUGGCACAACUAAUAGAGGCGGUGAUUGUAAGGGGGAGCACAUGAGUACACCAAGUGCUUCACCAAUUUUUCAUCAAAGAAAUUUUUAUCAGAAGCGUGCCAUUCUUCAAA